GGGAUUGGAGAGGUCUGGUGUAUAUUAUGUUCUAGUGCUGUCACUGGCCCUCUAUGUGGCCCUGGGCCUCAGUUUCUCCUUGUGACUAACGAUGGGUCUCGACGGCUCUGGACGAGAGUGGGCUUGCCCUGGGACCCCAGGUCCGCUCAGGGAGCACCGACGUCCUUGCGGGACUGGGAGGCGCUGGGCCGCGGCGGGGAGGAGCCGCCGGUCCGGCCCCGCCCGCCGGGUCCAGGUGCCGCCGCUGGAGCUGCCGCUACGGCCCACGCCGCCACGAGGGGCCGCCCGCGCCGCGGUCCGAAUCCGGCCCGCGUCCAUGGCCUUUCUGACCGCCUGGAAGGGGGCGGCCUCUGGGAAGAACGACCGCAGCAGGACUCCUGUGAGCAGCCUCCAUGAGGCCCUGGACCAGUGUAUGACUGCCCUGGACCUCUUCCUCACCAAUCAGUUCUCAGAAGCACUCAGCUACCUCAAGCCCAGAACCAAGGAGAGCAUGUACCACUCGCUGACAUAUGCCACCAUCCUGGAGAUGCAGGCCAUGAUGACUUUUGACCCUCAGGACAUCCUGCUUGCUGGCAACAUGAUGAAGGAGGCGCAGACGCUGUGUCAGAGGCACCGGAAGAAGUCCUCUGUAACAGAUUCCUUUAGCAACCUGGUGCAUCGCCCCACUAUGGACCAAUUCACGGAAGAGGAAAUCCAUGCUGAAGUCUGCUAUGCAGAGUGCCUGCUGCAGAGAGCAGCUCUGACCUUUCUACAGGAUGAGAACAUGGUGAGCUUCAUCAAGGGCGGCAUCAAAGUUCGAAACAGCUACCAGACCUACAAGGAGCUGGACAGCCUCGUGCAGUCCUCACAAUACUGUAAGGGAGAGAACCACAGGCAUUUUGAAGGAGGGGUGAAGCUUGGCGUGGGAGCCUUCAACCUGACGCUGUCCAUGCUUCCUACCAGGAUCCUGCGGCUGCUGGAGUUUGUGGGGUUUUCAGGAAACAAGGACUACGGGCUGCUGCAGCUGGAGGAGGGCGCAUCCGGGCACAGCUUCCGUGCUGUGCUCUGUGUCAUGCUGCUGCUCUGCUACCACACCUUCCUCACCUUUGUGCUCGGUACUGGGAAUGUGAACAUUGAGGAGGCAGAGAAGCUCCUGAACCCCUACCUGAAGCGAUAUCCUAAGGGCGCCAUCUUCCUGUUCUUUGCGGGGCGGAUUGAAGCCAUUAAAGGCAAUGUUGACACAGCCAUCCAGCGGUUCGAGGAGUGCUGUGAGGCCCAGCAGCACUGGAAGCAGUUCCACCACAUGUGCUACUGGGAGCUGAUGUGGUGCUUCACCUACAAGGGCCAGUGGAAGAUGGCCUACUUCUAUGCCGACCUGCUCAGCAAGGAGAACUCCUGGUCUAAGGCCACCUACAUCUACAUGAAGGCCGCCUACCUCAGCAUGUUUGGGAAGGAGGAUUACAAGCCGUUCGGGGAUGAUGAAGUGGAGUUGUUUAGAGCAGUGCCAGGCUUGAAGCUCAAGAUUGCUGGGAAAUCUCUACCUACAGAGAAGUUUGCCAUCCGGAAGUCCAGACGCUACCUCUCUCCCAAACCAAUCUCGUUGCCAAUCCCUGCUCUGCUGGGGAAACCAAGGCUCCACUGGGGAGGAAACCUGACUGACUUGCUCCCCUACCCUCAGGAAAUGAUGUACAUUUGGAAUGGCUACGCUGUGAUUGGGAAGCAGCCUGAACUCACAGAUGGGAUACUUGAGAUUAUCACCAAAGCUGAAGAGACGCUGGAAAAGGGCCCAGAGAAUGAGUACUCAGUGGAUGAUGAAUGCUUGGUGAAGUUGCUGAAAGGCCUCUGUCUGAAAUACCUCGGCCGUGUUCAGGAGGCUGAGGAGAACUUCAGGAGCAUUUCUUCCAAUGAAAAGAAGAUUAAGUAUGACCACUACUUGAUCCCAAAUGCCCUGCUGGAGCUGGCCCUGCUAUUCAUGGAGCAAGGCAGAAACGAAGAGGCUGUCAAACUCUUGGAAACUGCCAAGCAAAACUACAAGAAUUACUCCAUGGAGUCAAGGACACAUUUUAGAAUCCAGGCAGCCAUACUCCAAGCCAAGUCUUCCCUAGAGAAUGGCAACAGAUCCAUGGUCUCAUCAGUGUCUUUAUAGUUUUAUGCAGCAUUCCCAGGCUGGAAGACAGCUGGACAGAGCUGGAAACAUUUCAAAAAGAUCCCCUCCCCCUGCCCUGCCUUCGGGGUCCACCGGUGCUCCAGUGGGAUGGCACAACAUUUGUAUUCAUGCAGAAGAGAAGUCGGCAUUUUCACCAGUGUGGCCAAGAGCCUUUACCAAGGACAGAGCAGGUGGAGCCCUCUGCCUGCCCUAUCACACAUACGGGUACUUGUUUUUCACUGUGAUGUUUAAGAGAAUGUAUGAAGAGUUUACAUGUUAGAAAUACAGUAAUGAUAUCACAGUUGGCUUAAAAAAAAAGUAACCAACCACCUGUAAAUCUGUUUUAACCCAUUCUAAUCUGGAGGUAAAUCUAUGAUGUCCAGGACCAAAUUGCUUUUCAAAAUUCAGCAAGGUCUCAGCUUCCAGGGCUGAAAGGACCCUUCGGAGGGUCUGUACCUCAAAAGCUUCAAGGCUUCUGAGGGGUGGGCAUAGACGUUGCAUACAGACACCCUCUACCUUACGUCUUACACUUCAUUUUCAUUCCCUCAGUAACUCUCCAAUUAAAAAAAAUGAAAGUUGUCUCACUAAAAAGACAUGUGAGUCCAUCUGUAGGAAAAAAAUAUAUUAAUAUUCACCAGUAAGAAAUAGGGGUUUCCCGGGGGGAUGGAAGGGGAGCUGUGUGGCCCUUCUGUUGGGGGGAGGUUCUCAGACACAAGUCUGCAUCCUCACUGUAUGCCAAACUGAAACAACUGGGAAUAAUUUACGAAACAAAAAUCUUCUGUAUUUCACUCCAAGGUACAUUUAUUUACUGACAGCAUUUUUCUUAGAAUGGUUAUUCUUGGCCUGUUGUAUAUGUUUUAGAUUUUUUUAGUAAGAGAAAAAAAGAUAUUUAAUAAAACUUACACAACUUAA